AUGGCUGGUCAGGCCACGCGAUAUGCAAAGCCUGGUCUGAACCAAUCUGGAUCAAAACAUCUACAUACGGAUAUGGGUACGACCCAUCAGUACAAAGCAAUCCGGACACUUCUCCAUCUCCUGAGUCCCCAGCUGCUCCCCUUCCAAAUAUCCUCCUUACCGCGCACGACAGCGUUUGCCGCAUAUCGACUAAUGCAGGCUCGACCUCCCGCCUUGAACGAGCCCUGUCAGAUCAACCUUUGGCACGCCCACUUGGCUGCCUUUUUAGCUGCGCAAAGUACGUAUUACGGAGCAAGAAACCACCCUCGCCUUCUGCCGCUCAUCCUGGCAUGGGACGAUCCGACGCCUCCAUUGGCCUCAACCACUGGCAUGGCCCUCCCUGCCCCGACUGUCCUGGGACGGAAGCCAGUCUCGAUCGUCGACUCCUACGAAGUUUCCCUAUAUCCGGACUGCGUACGGAGUACACAGACAGUACUGCUCUCCCGCUUUUGGUCGAGAUGCGCCAGCGCCAGACGCCCUCGAGCAAGUGGUCCGUUGAUGUAUUCACUGCAAGCAAUUGAUAUUCUCGAUCUUGCACAUCAGCCGUCGUCCCUGGGAUCUCCUCUGUUCAUUCGACAUAGCCGUCAUAUCGCGUACGGAUACGCAAUACCUACCCAAGGAUUCUGGCAUAGACUCAAGGAGGUUAGACAGUUCAACGAGCUUCUCGGGACCACAGGGGGGGAGGGGGGAACCGCCCAGGCACUGGGAUUACAUGAACCAACAGGGCGGAGAAACUUUCAAUCAGGUACCCUUUUGCCAGGGCCAGUCCUCUCCCCUGGCAUCUUGCUAGCUUUGUGGUGCUUCAGCUGCGAUGUUUUCCUUUUCUCAACCGUCAGACGGCUCGAUACUGAAUCGAGUCGCUCCCUCAGCUGCAUCUUAUUGUCAACGCCUGCCCCCUUCGAUCCCGCCGACUCCCGUUCUCCAAAUCCAGCUUCUCCACUCAAGUGCGACAUGUCACUGAGCACAGGCACCGGCAGCUACACUACAGCAACAGACGACGGCGGCAACGGCACCGACCUGAACUCAUUUCUCCCAAGAAAGCUAGAUUAUGCUGCCGCUACUGCUCUCACAUCUCUGUCUGCCCUUGCGCCCUCCGCCACACCACCCCGGCCGCACCUCCCGACCCCAUGUCUGUGCUCCCGCUCCAACGACACCCCCUUCACCAUUUCAAUGACAUCGAAACCUGGGACCCAAGACCUGGAAGUGGGUGUGGAGUCCCAUGGCUCGACGCCCCGACAGCCUGGGAACACGCAAAGCAUCCAUGAGUGCCUGGCCAGUCAGUCCCCUUCUUCUGGUAUUCCCCCGUGCCUCUGGCCGUUCGUCCCGCUGCAAAUUGGGCGUGUUCCACGGGUCCUUGGCUCCUUUCUGCAAAUUCUGCUAGCAACGAUAGCUCGGACUCGGCGGGGAACAUCUUGCUGCGGAUACUGCUCAUAUGGUCCACGGGAGCUUCCCAUCAUCAAUCUCCGCCGUCUUAGACAGGACCAGGCCCACAUUGGCUUGGACAAGUUCCGCGCUAGAGUGGCACAGAAGAACGCGCCCACGGUUUUCUUAAACUGCCAGACGAGCGCUGGCGCCGCUCAACGCAUCUGCGCUACACGGCAAAUUUGCGCGGACAGGCUUUUAAGGAACGCGGUUUCAAAGGAUGGGCCUGGCGGCCGUGGCGAGUAUGCCCAGCUGUCACGGCUCUUCUCUCGCGGGAUCCGAGAUCAGAACAUCAGAUCAACAACAGGAACCUCCACAUCAUUUUCAGCUAGACUGCUGUUGAUCAAACUUCAACAACCAGAUGUUGACAGGGCUUCAAUUAUCUGCUUUUCCCGCCCAACCCCAGCAAGCUCAUUCCCAGCUUUGCCCCCACCACCGACCUGGGCGCUUGCUUUGGCCCGUUACAUCACCUUAGACACAAGACCCUUGUCUCAUCAUUCUGCCAGGGCUUAUCUGUGCCUCUUCUUCCGCCGGGUUCUGACGUUCAGUCCAGUUCCUGAUCCAGAGUCCUUUGUACUUUGUACGCUUGUGAGGAGGAAACCCAUCUCUUCAGGCGGAGGGGACGACCAGCCGUUGCCACGUUCAUCAGUAGACACGGGUGGUGACGGGACUCCAUAUCACGCCUUGGAUCGGCCUCUUGCCAGCGUCUGCCACGCCUCAGCCGCCCCAGCACUCACGCGCCAUCCCGGAACCUUAAUCAAUCUAGGGCCGUCUUUCCAAACCGCUUCUCCCGAGGCUAGGGAACCACCAGCAAGACACAGAGCUCGCAAGGGUGGCUGCGCCAAAAACCCCUUCACCCCGCGCCAGCUUCUUUCAUCACUUUUCAGCACAACCACAUUUCACAUUUUCGGCAAGUCACGUAUUCUAGGCCACCUCAGAGCUGCCCAUCUGGUCGACUCUCGCUCCCUACUUGGCGCCACCCACCCCUACAAUACCCACAUGUUUGGGCAGUUUCGUCUCACUUUUGGCCUUACCGCUGGCUUCGAGUCUUCAGAUCUGACUGAGUGGAACGAGGCACAUCGAUACCUUACUCACCAAGCCGUUGCCGUGUAUUUCGUUAUACAAUACGGCGUAUUCUUCGUACUCGUCGAUAUUCAGGACCAAUCUUCAUGCCAGUUGGCGCUUCAUCAGGCCCUUGAGUUCCAACUAGGCUUAGGCCAACCACAACGGCCCUCCACAUUCUCAACAGCUUCCAACGUAGUAGCUUCCAGGAGCCCCCGCCAUAACGCCAAUCUUACCAGCAGAUCAACAGAGCGCGAGCUGCGAUACCCGCUCUCCAGUCAACCCAGUUACAUUGUGGCCGUCCCAGUGCCCCACUACCGUCAUCACCACCCGCAUUCGCCCUUUCACUACUUCCCCCAAAACAAGGAGCGAAUAAUCUCCCUCCCAAGUCCGCUCACAACUACAACCACAGACCCCUCUCGACAUAUGCCGGGUCCGCCGUUUCUCUUUGAAGGAACAGUAUCCAUGCCCCGGAUCAGAUUCUACCAGCUCGCCAUCUCAAGCUCUCGAUUUGAUCUACCUAGCCGGGCCACCGCGUCCCUCUAUCCGGGCGGCUCCUCCUUCCACAGCUCUCCGUCUUUUUACCUCAAGGAAUUCAUUCCCUAA